AUGAAUAACGAUCAGCCAGCUUCAUCGCCGUACCUUAUGCGCUCACCAGUACUCUCGCCAACAAUUCCAUCAUCGACCUAUCGGUUCGCGUCACUGAUCAACUCUCCAUUCUCGCCAAUCUACAGCGUAGUUGGAGCUCUGGCACCUUCAGCCAUGGAGCGCGAUGAUGCCCUGGAAGAUGACACAGAACGUCCACUACAGCCCAGAAAGGCGCGAAAAGUGUCACCACAUGCAGUGUCUGCCGAACCUAGAACUUCGACCAGACUCCGCCUAGCUACUCUUCAGAAGAAGGAACCUAAACCCGUUUCCCAGAAGCCGUCGUCUUCAGCAAAGCGCGAGCUCCGUCCCCAAAGAAAAGUUGAAGAAAGAGGCGCAGUUAAAAAGCGCGGACGGCCAGCAAAGAUGGCGAUAACGCCACGUAAAAAGAGGGCCGCUAAGGGAGAUGAGUCUGCUCAAGAUACAAAGACUGGACGCAAAGAGUGGGAGGUUGAGCAAAUAGUCGACUCUAGGAUUGAUGCAGAAACAAUGCAGCACUGGUUCAAGGUCAAAUGGAAGGGAUACGCGAGCAAGGAUAAUACGUGGGAGCCAAAGAAGAACCUGACCAACUGCAAGUCUCUGCUAGAGAACUACGAGAAGAAAGGGAAGAAACGAACAUGA